GUGAUUGUGGAGAAAAGUUGAUAUCGAAAAACAGGUGAAAUAAACAGAAAAAUUAGGCAAUGUAUACAAAGAGAGAAUUAUACAAAACUACCUGACAACAAUUGUUCUACAGUCUACAACAACCAGCCCUGAUAUUGAGCACUAAAUAACUAGUUCUAAUAGUGGAAGAAGUAAUAAAAUUGUUUCCAAUAUGAUGGAACAUAGCCUUGUGCAAGAACGUGUUGCUGAUAUUAACUCUACAAAUACACAAUUACCACCUUUAAAUAAUCUCCCCCAGUGGUCGAGGAUUAACACACUCGACAGGGCCAGAUACCCCAAGCCAUUCCUCAAGGACAGAUUGCAACCUUUGCCAAACACAGAAAUGAAUAGAACAGACUCAAUGGAAUCAGAUGAUCAAAAUUUAGAUAUGGGAGAAAUGGACCCAUCUUCACGUAUACAUCAUCUUGAAAGAAGCAUUAUAUUCCUUCGCGCUCAACAUAGAGACGUUCUCACUAGUCUUCAUGAUGAAAUUGAGAUUUUAAAAAAGGAAAAUAAAGAUCUCCACUUUAAGUUUAUGAUAAGUCAAAAAGCCUUAAAUUCUAAAUCACCUAGUCCAACAACUAAGAGAAGAUCCAGUAAGCCAGAGCCAAAUCAAAUCCCAACAGAAGGGGUGUUGUCAAGUGCCAAAGAUGACAGUGUGCAGUUAAAGAAUUCAGAAGUGACAGCAAGUGAACAGCCAUCUAAAGAAGAUAAACAACUGGAAAUCAAAACAGUUCACUUGGAGGAAGAGCUUUUUAACAUGAGACUUGAAGUACAAGAAUUACAGAAUCGAAACGAAUAUCUCUCAAAUCUCGUGAACCAACUACAAGCAGAGGCUUCUGAGGCACAAGCCGCUCAAGCUAAGGCUGCCCAGGCUCAGAUUAAGGGUGCCGACCCUCAGAUUCAGGGUGCAGAAGCACAGGGUGGGGGUGAAGUAGAUACCACAACAAAUAUACCAGCUGGCAGCACAGCAAGGCCACCUACUGUUGGAGAAUAUGAAGCCAUUAUACGCCAUCUACAAGCCACAAAUGACAAACAAAAUCAUGAGCUGAUGCAUCUAAAGUCUGACCUCCGUGAUGUGCUGUACUCGCACAAGUGGACUCCUGAUGCGUUCUUAUUGGCUAAGGCCUAUGUCGCUGAAGAGAAAGAAAAGACCGAUCUAGAAAAAUUGCCAAAAAUUAGCCUAAGAAAUCCAACUAGAAAACUGCCAGAUGUCGCUUACGCCUCAAAGGAAAAUGUUUCCCUUCCUGCGCUGAAAUCAACAGUUGGAAACAAAGCCACUGAACGCAAAAAGCGCACCCAGAUAUUACAAAAGUCUAGGAUGAGGAAAGAAGUCCUGCACUGAAUGGAACUAAAAUAUUGACUCACCCAAAGUGAAGAACACCCCAAAUAAGAUUUAAGUCAGAAAAAAGAUCUCAGAAUAGGAAAUUUAAAGAAAUUCAACAACUCUUGAGUUCCUGAUUGGUGCAAUGCCAAACAUAAUGAUUCCUUUCUAAUCAUUUUCACUAAAUAUUUUACAUACUCUGACUUUCAAUAUCCGAUGCACUUUAAUAACAGUGCUUUUAUUUAUAAUUACAGUGCUUUUAAUUCAAAUGGACAAUUAUUAAGAACCUCAACUAUGUAACUACAAUAUUAAUUAAGUAAACAUUCAAUUUGUUGUUUGUAAGGCCAAAAGGUUAACAGACUAAAAUGAUUCAAUUGGGAAUUCAAUCAAAUGAGUUAUUUAUUUAAAUUUAAAAUUGUGAAUAUCUGAAAAAUUCAUCAAUAUCAUUCUACCAGCCUGCCUAAUUCAAUUUAUACACAACCAUGAAUAUGAAAUAUCAGAGUCAAUUUUGUUAUUUGUGCCCUUGUUUUAUUAAGAACUAUCCUAGAUGAAGGUUUUAUAGAUUGAACUCAAGAAUGAGAUCAAAGUAUUAAUGUCUGCUGGACAGACGGUUUAAUUUAAUGUUCUAGAUUAUCUAGCAAUGAUCCUCUAAAUGAAAAUGGGCAUUUACUAUGAGUUGACUUGAAAAUGUAUCGAACAAUUUGCACAUGAAUCAUGUUUUCGAUAUGCAUUUUUUUCGCAAAAUAUGUUGUAAGUCUUGCAAACAUAUGUUCUGUUGUAGUCAACAGAAAAUUCCAAUGAAAUCAAUGAUUGUCAAUUUGAAUUUUGUAAGUUUAACCAUUGGCUCGUGACAGUGCAACGGAGAUACCCUAUAUGAGAACUUGGUAAUUGUAUAUGAAAUGCAAUAUUCAUAAUAUUUAUUUAUGCAGUAAAACCUGCCUAAUUGGAGGGAAAUGGGAACAGAAAAAAUGUUCAGAUUAGCAGUUCACAUUUCAAAGUUUUUUUUAAUAACGUGAGUAAAUGGGGGAUAACAAAUUUGGACCAAGAAAAGUGUUCGUAUAGAGGGCUAUCUACUUGGGCAGAUUUUACUGAACAUAUGUUCAGCUGAAUUAUACGCACAGGCACUUGUAUUAUAUACAAAAUGUACUAAUCCACCAGUAUAUUCACAAAUGGAAUAUUUCUAGUGUAUUUUUAUGUCUGAAUUUGAAUGACACAUGGACAGUUGUAUGCCAUGCUCAGUGGCAUUUUACAGGAUUAGAAAUUACUUUUUUCUGAGAUAUUUGCUUCUCUGUAGAAAUGUACAUUUGUACUCUAAAUAUCUUGUAAAUAUGCUUUAUAGUCACUUGGUAUUAUAAUGUUACAAAGCCACUGUGUUUCUGCAACAAAAAUGGCCUGCCUGAAAGUGCCCCACAGUGGCUUGGAAACACAUUAAGACCUAGAGAAAUAAAAAUAAAAUAAU